CCCCGCCCCACCCCGUUCCGAAAGCCAGCUCCAUUUCUCACCACCAGCAGCUCGCUCUCGCUCUCGCCGCGCCUGACCCACGCUCGCCAUUGAUUGAUUGAUUUCCACCCGCGCGUAGGAGCGAGCAGCGGCAACAACAACCGCACAGCUAGCCGAGCUCGACCCGGCUGGCGUCGAUGGCGAAAUGUAGCAGCAAGAUCCGCUACAUCGUGUGGCUCCGGCAGACGCUGCGGCGGUGGCGGUCCCGCGCCGCGGCGCGCGCGGCGGUGGCGGCGGAGGCGGUGGUCCCGGCGGGGCACGUGGCGGUGUCCGUGGGCAGCGCGUCGCGGCGGUUCGUGGUGCGGGCGGCGCACCUGAACCACCCAGUGUUCCGGGAGCUGCUCCGGCAGGCGGAGGAGGAGUACGGCUUCCCGUCCGGCGCCUGCGCGGGACCCAUCGCGCUCCCCUGCGACGAGGGCCUCUUCGAGCACGUCCUCCGCCACCUCUCCUCCCCGUCCAAGGCCUCCCGGUUCGUCACCCUCGAGGACAUCAAGAGCGGCACGCUUUCCUGCUGCUGCGUCGCCGCCGCCGGCGACUCGCUCCCGCUCCUCCACGGCAUCGCCGCCGACAAGGCCGUGUGGUGAACGCGCUCACGGAGGGUAGCCGCCGCCCGCGCCAUUGCGCGUACGUGUGCGACCAUUUCAUCUUCCUUUUCUUCUUCUUUUCUUUCUUUUUGCCCUCGCUCCCUCCAUUUCCAUCCGAGAGGAGCUGAGGCGCGACGGGAGCAAGCAAGCAAGCAAGAUUGAGCACGGCCGGCCGGAGGCGGUGAAGUGAGAUGGCUGAGAAAGUCCUAGGAUUUUUAGACGACUGCCAAGUCUAGUCAUCCAUUCAUUCCCUUGUCCAAUCCGGGAAAAUUUUAGUGGUGAAGAUUUAUUCUUUCUUCUUUUCUUUUCCUUUCCUUUUCCUUUCCUUUUCGUCUCACUUAAUAAUCCUCCACUGUAAAUACCUGUACUACUACGGUUCGGCCAGCAUUGCAAGUGAAAAAAAAAAUCAUUGUCUUCUCAAUCGCGUUGCAACCUGCUUGCAAGUGAAAUGGAACCAACUUUUGCUGCU